CUGCCACGAAAUGGACGAAGCACACCAUCACCCUCGCGCAAGUACAAGCGGUCCUCUUACGAGAGGCGCGGUAACAGGCAAUUAUUACACCCCGACAAUAGAAGAGAAAGCCGUUAUCGAUAAAGCAAAUAAGAAAUUUGUCGCGACAUACGCAACUGGCAUAUUCUUAGGCAUUACUGGUGGGGCGACGCUUGUGCGAUAUCGUAAAGUUCAAUGGAAUUCUAUGCAAGGCCUAUUUCUUAUUAUGGGCUGUACGAUGACGGGUGAGGUGCUGGGCCGCAAAGGUGGGGAGGCUCGAGCACGAGAAGCGCUCUCCAGAGGCUUGCCUCCUGGUUCAAAGUUACGAGAACUCCUAGAGAAGAAUUCCCGCGGACUGAGCAUUCCGAAAGGUCCCGCUUCCCCCCCAACGGAAGGGAAUAAUGAUUUUAGUCUAGAGGGAACAGUGCCGCCUUCAGUGUCGCCAGUUGCAUUCCAAAAGGAGAAUACGGCCUCUCGGCAAGGGUCUCAAGGGACGGCGGAUGAGGAGAAUGCGGUUGCGGAUGGGAAAGUUAGUACGUCAUGGGAGCAAAUUCGUCGGAAACAUUCAGGCCCUUCUAGUACCUGGGACCGUAUUCGUACCAAAGGGGCAGGGGCGAAUGCUUCCGAGACUGGCGGCUCGCAAUCUGAACCAGAAGUUAUGGAUGAUCUUGACGACCGCUACUCAGCAACAUCCGACCCCAUUAUUCCGCGGACACGCGACGAAUUGCUAGAAAGCGAACGGAAGGGUCAAAUCAGAAGGAACAACUAUGGUGACUUGUCAGAACCAGUGGUGGCGUCGGUUGGAGGGAGAGGGUUGUUGGGACCUUACGGAGAUACGGUCGCCGCUACACCAGCCGGCAAUACAUAUAUACCCCGAACGAGAGAGGAGUUGGAGGCUACGCUAGGAAGGAGGAAUGUUAAGCGGAAUGAAUAUGGUGACUUGGUCGAGUAGGCUCCCUGUACCCCUUGCAGUACGGUCGCUUCUAUUACGCUUUUGGUAAUCAUGUACAAUCCACAUUAUUGGCUUCACCUAUAUAAACAAUUACUCUUGUGGGCGCUUGUGAGAUCACCAAGGUAGAGACCAUUGACCUGACGGCGGUUCUGAAAGUAUGAGAUGGGUUACAUUGGAUAAUAGAAUCAUGUGUUUUUGGCCGCACCUGGAGAAGCAUCUUUCUUGGCCGUGGGAA